AUGAAGUCCAUCGUAGCUUCCUCUCGGCGUCGAGUGGGACUGCCUAUCCAUACAAUCCCUCUCGCGACUCCACUGCCUGCCCUGAUCUCCCGAGGGACCAACGUUCAGCCAUCGGCAUCAUCUACCACUUCUCGUACAUUGACAACUCGUUCCUUGUCUAGAAACUAUGCUACGGCCAGAAAGUCGACGUCAAAGAAGGCGUCUAUCCCAUCUCUGGCUACUCUCAGUAUCUCGAAGACGGCGAGCAAACCUCUGUUUCAGAAAAUCCUGAUCGCGAACCGAGGAGAGAUCGCAUGCCGAAUCAUCAGAACAGCCAGGAAACUUGGGAUCCAGACUGUUGCUGUCUAUAGUGAGGCCGAUAAGGAUUGUAUUCACGUCUCCAUGGCGGAUGAAGCAUACUGUAUUGGACCAGCACCAUCUUCAGAGUCAUACCUUGUGAUGGACAAAAUCCUCGAAGUAGCUCGUCAGAGUGGUGCAGAGGCCAUUCAUCCAGGAUAUGGAUUCCUUUCCGAGUCCACAGUCUUCGCUUCGAGGGUUCAGGAGUCCGGCUUGGUCUUCAUCGGCCCGCCUGCCGAGGCUAUCCGAGCCAUGGGCUCAAAGAGGGAGAGCAAGGAGAUCAUGUUGGCUGCCGGCGUGCCAUGUGUCCCAGGAUACCACGGCGCGGCACAAGAUAUGGAGACCCUCAAAUCCGAAGCUGAUCGUGUUGGUUAUCCUCUUCUGAUCAAACCCACACACGGAGGAGGAGGAAAGGGAAUGCGAGUGGUUCGAGAUGCCAAAGAUCUGGAGGAAGAGAUCUUGUCGGCCAAAAGAGAAGCCGCCAAAUCAUUCGGAAACGAUGAAGUCUUACUCGAACGGUGGUUGGAAAGACCGAGACAUGUGGAGCUGCAAGUUUUUGCAGACACACAAGGCGAUUGUGUGGCUCUGUGGGAGAGAGAUUGCUCAGUUCAGAGGAGACAUCAGAAAAUUAUCGAGGAGGCGCCUGCUCCUGGGUUGAGUCCUGAGCUCAAGAAAGAUUUCGCAGAGAAAGCAGUGGCAGCUGCCAAGGCUGUCAACUAUGUUGGCGCGGGGACAGUGGAAUUCAUCAUGGAUGCAGAGACUGGAGAGUACUUUUUCAUGGAGAUGAACACGAGAUUACAGGUUGAGCACCCUGUGACUGAAAUGGUCACCGGCGUCGAUCUUGUGGAGUGGCAGUUCUCCAUUGCUUCUGGAAACCCUCUGCCCAUGACCCAAGAGCAGAUCCCAUGUAUCGGUCACGCUUUUGAAGCGCGUAUAUACGCCGAGCGGCCCGAGGCCAACUUCCUUCCCGACGCCGGUCGGCUCAUCCAUACUCGUCCGCCGAUCAACGCUCCUCAUCGUUUGGAAACUGGUUUCGCAGAAGGCGACGAGGUGUCUUCAUUCUACGAUCCCAUGAUCGCCAAGCUCAUUGUUCACGGUAAAGAUCGCGCAGAGGCACUGUCGAUGUUGCGACGAGCCCUUGGAGAGUAUCAGAUCGUCGGACCUAGCACGAAUAUCGAGUUCCUCAAAGCUGUUGCAGGACACCCAGAGUUCGUCAAGGGAGCUGUGGAGACUAACUUUGUGCCGACGCACCACGACGAGCUGUUUGAGAAACGGCCCAUUCCUCCCACUGUGCUUGCACAGGGUGCCUUGUUCCUCGCUGCUCAGGCUCGACAUGAUCUUGGAUCAACAGGCGCCGGGCCCUGGUCGACCCUGGCCUUCAGACGAUUUGGCGACACUUCCGUCAAGUCGUUCACAUUUGACGAGGGUACUGUCGACCUGAUCCCCGAGUCACAAGGCCGAUUCGGCAUUUCUUCCGGCGACUACAGCUCCAGUGCAACUUGCACUCUUCUUGGCCCUACAGAGAUGAUCACCCAAUUCCCCAACACUAGAUACCACAGCACGAUCAUUCACACGGGUAACAAGCUGCAUAUCUUCACCACCACCGAUCACUAUAUCCUCACGCUCCCUCAAGCGACACAGGAAGAAGGCGCUUCAACCACUGUCUCGGCUGACAACUUGACGAGUCCGAUGCCAGCGACAGUCAUCGAGGUCCGGGUUAAGAAGGGUGACAAGGUCACUGCGGGUCAGGUAUGCUGUGUUUUGGAAAGUAUGAAGAUGGAAAUCAACGUGAGGGCGGGUAGAGAUGGAGUGAUUGGCGAUGUCAAGAUUAACAAGGGGUCGAGUGUGGAGGAAGGGGGCAUUCUGGUAUCUUUGGAACCAGAGGCUGAAAAGUAG